GUUACGGUCAUCUCCAAGGUCCGAGAGGAGCAGCCGUGUUGUCUGUUGAGAGACAGUGAUAGAAAGAAGACACACUGUAAGUUUAUGGCUCUACAGAUUUUGCGUCAGUCGUGUGCGUCCACGGUAUAGGAGAAGGCGAAGGCGGCAUGAGAAGUCGCCAGGAGUUUCUUCCUAGAUCUCUGCUUGGUAUUUGUUGCGCCGAAGAGCAGCAGCGGCGCACGUAGACAACUCACGGCGUGGCUGACCUACAUGGCCUCUCGCUGUGGGCCGCCGACUGUUCGUCUCGGCCGCCGCUGGUUGCCCAAAUUGCCGCGCUUGCGAACUUUCUGGCCGCGCGCGGAUGGGAGCUCCGAAUAGAUAGAUGCCUGGCGUCUGCGGGAGGAAGGCGGCGGCACAGUUCCCGGUAAUGACGCGGCGGCGCGCCUUCCCGACGACCGACAGCGACAACGCGCGAAGCGAACUCCUUCGCGAUGAAGUUGGGAAGAGGAGGCGGACAAGCCCGCGGAGCCGACGCAGCGCAUCACGCCCGCAGGGGCCCCCCUCGGGCUAAGUCAGCGCAGGGGCCGCGGCAUGGAAGCCGGCCGGGCGGCCCAAUCGGUUGGCCCGGGGGCGAGGGCCUGUCGGACGCGCGUCGGGUCGCUCGGCCCUUUGCCCCGGGGGGGCGGUCUGCCCCCCCCUCACGGCCGACCUCUCCCCGGGUCACCCUGCGCACCGAGUAUCUCUCCGCGUGCCCGCAUAUCAUGCCCACGCACGCCGCGGCCGGUCUUUAUUGGGUGGUUGGCAUAGGUACUCCGCCAGCUGUGGUGGAGAUCGUUGCGAUGCGUGCAUCUGCGCUGAUUGUGCGCCGGGGCCUGGUUGAUUCUUUUUCGCCACCGGCCGCAUCACUCUUUCGCGCCCCGCCCCACCCUGCCUGCAGGCUUGAACUGUAAGUAUGCGCCACUCAGUGAAGCCAGGCGCCCCCGUCCUGAGUGAGGUGAGCAUGUCUUGUCUCAGUCGCUUGGCAGUUCGCUGAGUGAUUGUCGAGCGCCGUGGCCGC